AUGCAAAUUCUUAUAUUAACUGCCUGUUUACUCUUCUGCACAAAUGCAGCUGAAGAAACUAAAUGUUACCAGAUUGAUGCUACCAAAUCAUGUAUCAAAGAUAAAGAAGGUGAUAAUAAAUGCAAAGGAAAACUUACUAUCAAAGCUGAGGAUAAUAAACCUUUAUGCGAAGAGGCUUUUAUGGGAAAUGAAGCUAUCACAAAUUUUGAAUAUAAACCAGAACAGAAAGUUGUAAUUGGCGCAAGAGCAUUCAAAAAUGCUACAAAAUUGGCAACAGUCACAAUCAAAAACAAAAUCCAAUCUCUUGGUGAUGAAGCGUUCGGUGGGUGUGUCGCGCUGACAACAAUUGAAUUGAAAGACCUUACUACAAUUCCAACAAAAUGUUUUGAGGGAUGUACUUUACUUACUAAAGUCACCGGAAGUGAGACCAUCACAAUAUAUGAAGAAAGCUCAUUCAAAAUGAGUGGUCUCACCGCAAUAACAUUUGCAGAAACUGUUACCAAAUUCGGAGACUACGCUUUCAUGGGAACCAAAUUGACAACAAUUACAUUUCCAACAACAGCUGUCACAACUUUUGGGAAGCGUGUCUUUGAGGGAAUAGUUACUUUGACAUCAACAACUAUUACAGGUACGACAACAAUCCCAGACUUUACAUUCAAUGGAUGCACUAAAUUAGCAACAGUCACUGGGUUUGAUGCAGUUACUUCAUUUGGCGAUUCAUCUUUUUCAAAAACCGCUAUGCCAACAAUAACUUUUAAUAAGGCGGUUACUAAAUUAGGAGAUUUGGCUUUCAAUGCAGUCACAGCAGUUACAACUAUUAUAAUUCCAACAGUGACUACAUUUGGAAUACAUGUCUUUGACGGAAUCACCACAUUAAAACACGCCGAUUUGUCUGAGAAUAUAAUAAUUCCUAAAGGUACUUUUUCGGGAUGCUCGGAGUUAAAUAACGUUUCAAGCACACAAAAAGUGGCAACAGUUGGAAAAGAAGCGUUCAAAGAUUGUGCUAAACUUGAGAAUCUCAAUUUGUAUGCGCCACUAACGACAUUAUCAGAUACAUUAACAGGCGUUAAGAACUUGUUCUUCCAUGGUAACGUAGAACCAACAACUCUCCCAACUGAAACUGAAUUGAACAACAAUUUGAAUGUGUACGUCACCGAAAACUACACAGCUUCGAAAUUUGGAAAGUUGACAGUUUUCAAGGCGGGAUGUACUAAUUUCCAAUGUGUUGAUGUUUCUCCUGCAGUAAAACCAGCUGGUAAAAUGGCGGGAGAAAUCGCACCCAAAUGUAAAGCAUGCCCAAGUAAUUUCUUGAGUGUUGAUGGAAAUAACUAUUACUGCGAGUAUGAUAUGACUGUUUGUUUGGCUGCUCAUGAAAAGUGCAAAGUCUGUGCGGAAAAUAAAUGCUAUGAAUGUAAGGAAAAUAAAUUCUUGAAGGAAGACCUCUUUGAGUGUUUUGAUGCAUGUGAUAAUGGGUAUUAUAGUGAUGAUUCAACCAAAACUUCACACAAAUGCAAAAAGUGUUUAGCAGAAUGUAAAACUUGUACUGAAGGAACUAAAUGCACUGAAUGUGCAACUGGUAAUCUCCAACCAGAAGACAAAACUUGCAAAAAGGAUUGUCCAGAUGGAUAUUUUGCAAAGGACAAGGUUUGCACUGCUUGUGUUGCAGAUUGUAAGACUUGUACCGAUGAAACAAAAUGCACUGUUUGCAAAGACGAUGCUCUAACGGUUGAAGACACCAAAAUGUGUGUGAAAGACAAAUGUCCAGAAAUGUAUUACAAAUCUGAAACUGACAAAAUGUGCAAGAAAUGCACUGACAAAUGCAAAGUCUGCAGCAAUGCGAAUGACUGCCAAGAGUGUGUUUCACCAAACAUGUUAGAAGAAGGAACUAUGAAAUGUGUUGAUAAAUGUAAAGAUGGGUUUUAUAAAGUCGACAACAAAAAAUGUAAUAUGUGCAUGGCAAACUGCUCGAUCUGUGCAACAAAAGAAAAGUGUGACAAGUGCAAAGAAAACUAUUUUAUUUCAGAUGACAAGUGUGUUGACAUGUGCCCAGAAAAGUACUUUGAAAAAGAAGGAAAGUGUGAGAAGUGCAAAGACAAAUACGACACUCCAUGCAAAGAAGGUGACAAAGAAUGUGAGGUUUGUGUGAACAAAAGUGGGUCAUUUGGAACUUAUGUUCUCGCUUUGGUAUUUAUCUCGAUGGUUUUUUUCUAA